AAAAGAUCUGUAACAAAGAAAAAAAAUGGUGAAUCAGAUAAACCUGCAUGAUGAAAAAGAAGAAGAAGAAAAGGAGAAUUAUCCUCUGAUUACAACCAAAGUAGUUGAAUACUUGCAGCCAGUAAUGUGUCGAGAGCUUCUCUGUAAAUUUCCAGACAACUCUGCUUUUGGAUUCGAUUACUCACAGAGCUCUCUCUGGUCUCCUCUCUUGCCUAGAAACUACGCUAGUCCGUCCGAUCUAGACUCUGGCUCCUCCGACGGUUGCGUUUGUAGGAACCUUAAGCUCGGAGAUUUUCAUGUAGGCAAGAAGAAGAAGAAUAUGAUGAAGAUGUCAAUGAACAAGAAUAAGAAGAAGAAGAAGUUGGUGAAAUUAGAUAUGACUUCGAUGAAGAAUGAAGAUUCUCCUAAACUUGGUUGCUUUCCAAUUCCUACCAAGGGAUGGAAUGGUGUGUUAAAGGCAGCUUCAAAACAUUUCAAGAAAUCAAGAAAGAAGAGAGAUUCGGUAGCUGAUGCCAAGCUUCUCAACUUCAAAUGAUUAGAUUAUUGUAUUCGAGUUAAAUUCUUACAUCUGUUUAUUUAUAAUAAAAAUGUUUCUGUUUAUGGUCGCCAUUGUAAUCAUUUGAAGUGUUUGAUCGUAGAUUAUAUAUAUACAAGUGACUGCUUUUAUU